AUGACCAAAACCGAGGUACGAAGGCUCACGAGGCAGCUCAAGACGGCGGUGCUGCGUGACAUGACCACCGAGGCGGACAAGACGCGACGGGCGCCCGAGCAUGCCGACUGCUGCCGACCGCCCGAAAACCGGCGCGACGACAAGUACAACUUUGGCUGCCGCUGCCGGGCCGAGCGCGGACGCCUGCUCGUGGUCUGGGACGAGGCGGUCGCGGCAGCGGUGGAACACCUGCGCAGGCUGUGCAGGCGGCAGCUCAUGAGCUGGGAGCUCGAGGAGGUCAGGCGGCGCAGGCCCCUCAUGCAAAAGCAGAAGCGGGCCGGGAUGCGGUUCGUCUUUGCCCCUCAGGAUCUCGAGGCUGCUCUGGAUGCCGUCCGCGAGGUCAAGAUGGCCAUGCUGGCUGAUGAUUUGGAGCUGGAGCGGGCGGCGUUGGCUGAGGAUGUUGGUGAGAAUGAGGAGUAG